GGAAAACUUAAAUACGUAAAGAAUUUCUUUCAUCAUCCCUAACUCCUCUGUACCCAGCAGGUUUUGCUAGAUACAAAAGAGCAACGAAAGAGCAGGAGUAGGCCAUUCAGCCCCUUGAUCCUGCUCUGCCAUUCAAUCCCAGAGGGAAAUAAAGUGUCAUACAUGGGAAUGAAAGUACCAGUUGUCCUGGAAAUUGCUCUUGAAGAAUACAAGGUUUCUAACCUUGUGAUUUGACCGUAAGGAAUGACAAACUUCUCAAUCAACAAAAUACUUUACAAUGUCAAAACAAGUUAAAAAUCAUCGAAAUGGGAAGGAGUGAGGAGAAGACUGCACUGCACAAUGACAGUGAUCCACAGGAGGGAAUCUACCCCUGGUGAAGGGGUGAAUAAAUGAACAGCUAGACACAGUAAAUCAAUGGCACUGCUCCGUCAACACUUCGAUGAACCAGUGUGAUGAAAAGCUGGGUGAUAGGAGACAACGCGCAUGUGACUCGGAGAUACUGAGACAAACAAACCGCUCCAAACAGUUUAUCAUCAAUGAGCAGCUUUUAUAAGGAGUUGAAUAACAAAUAGCAAGUCUGCUCAUUCCAAAGUCUCUAUUUGAAUGUAAAUGUUUCAAAAUACAGUGAGAGGAAUCUGAAAAGACCCACUCUGAGGAAAAAUAAAGCAUUGCUGAAUGGACGAAAGCAGAAACAAAUUUGAGAAAACAACAAGGGACUGAAAAUGUACCAGCGAAGACCCCGCGCCUCUGAGCAGAUGAAACAAUUGUGUCUUGUUCCAUUGGAAUAAGAGAAGAAAAGUUGAAACACAAAGCAGAGGCAAACACAAGGAAGUAAAAUACCGGAGAGGAAUUGAUUUCACACAGGAAGAAUGCCCCAACUUGCCAUCCUCACAGCCAUGGUGUCGGCUGAAAUGGAUAUCAGCAGAAGCUUUCCCUGCGCAAGCAGGAUGUUAUUAAAGACUUCAUUGCAAAGAAAGAACGUGGGGAGCUUUUGAUACAAAAGAUGGGAUCUUACAGAGAAGCUCUACUGGAAAAGACUGAGCUUGCCAAAAGCGCUGAUGGACACAUUCAUUUUGGUGAUGCUGUGUUACUUAUUAAUCCUGGUACUGAAAGCAAACAUGCAGCCAACAUCCAUCCACUUCGCCGUCCCAUGGCAUUGAAUAUGAAUGUUGACCAAAGCAGAUUCCUGACAAGUACAAAGGUCGACUCACCGUGUGAAGUGAGUGCCAGCCUGGACUUAAACCCCACUAUUAGAAGUACUUUUGUUGUUACAAGUAUUGAUGGCAGUUGUGUUGGUGAUCCUCUCCGAUACGGACAGAGCUUUGCCCUCAGAACACUGGAAGGGAUUGCAGGGCAGCUGUACCUGACGAGCGAUACCAAAUUAUUUGUGAAGUUUGCCAAAAAAUCCCGGAUGCAGCUCGUGAAUUUGGUCGAUGACCUCUCAUUCUUAAGUUGUUGGCAGGUCUUAUAUUUGGAUCCACAGUUGCGCCUUGAAUAUGAUGGAUAUCCAGUACAAGCAAAUGUAAAAGUACUAAUCAACCAUGUUCGUACGAACCAGGCUUUAGCAGCUCUCCAGAAGUUCUCUUUCUGGACUGCAUUUGGAAGAGAAUAUGAAAUCACUGCCAACACCUUCUAUGAUAGCCAUCGAGCGGAAGAAGACUUGAACCACUGGGUGAUUGUCACUGGAGAUCCUGGAGUCCCACAUGGCACCUUGUUUCAUGCACCUCCUCCCCUUUGUGAGGAUGAGAUGCCAACAAAGAAGCGUAGUCAGCCUUCACCCAGCUGCUGAACCCAACCACCUACUUGUUAAUUGAUUGAGCUAGAGGUUUUGUAUCUUCUGGUCUACUGAAUAGGAAAGUCUCACUUCCUCCUCCAUAUUCCCCCAAUCUACAACUCUGUAACAACAUCAGCAAUUAUGAACUUCACUGGAAGCCAAGAGAAUCAUCAUUAUAUAGAACACAUUUGUAAAAGCUGCAAGUUUCUGCUAUUUCCUGCAAAAAUUAUAGUGUUCAUUGCUAAACUUCUCUAAGCUGAUUGAAAUGCAACAAAAUAUAGGAAUGACAAGCAAAGGAAUGAAAU